AUGCACCAAAAUUUGUUUUUGAAAGGUAUACUCAAACUAAAUAUUUUAACAAAUGGAAAUAUUGUUGGGAAAAUCCGUCAAGUUGCUGAUUUGUCAAAGCCGAUUUUUUCCAUUCAAACCGCAGACGAUCAAGAAGUUCUUCGACUAACUGGCCCGGCUUUGUCAUUCGCCUGCUGUGGCGAUCUUGAGUUUGAAGUCUCCACUGCUGAUGGCGUUGUUGUUGGUAAAGUUUCAAAGAAAUGGGAAGACACUGGCGGAGAAUUUUUGAAAGAGAUUUACACAGAUGCGGACAAGUUUGGAGUCACUUUUCCGGUCGAUUUGGAUGUCAAUGUCAAGCUUUCUCUUCUUGGCUGCGUUUUCCUCCUUGAUUUCAUGUUUUUUGAAGAUUCUUGCAAAUGGACUUCUCACGCAAAAGAUGAGGAAGAAGGAAGCGGCAGCUCAAAGCUAGACUUCCUCAUGUGCAUAUGCGACUUUAUGUGUAGCGAUGACUGA